AAAGUUGCCCGACCGCCUGCAGCAGCUUACAAUUGCAUGCUGCAUGCUGCAAGUUGCAAGUUGGUGGCAGCCACUUGCGGUGGACCAUUGGGAUGACUAUCACUUUUGCAGCUGGUGGCAUGCAGAACUCAAGUACGUGUAACAACCUUAACCCUAAAGCGAACCGAGCCAAGCCAAGUCGAUGCGAUUCGCAAUGGAAUGGACCAUGUCCGCGCUCACUCGAACCACUUGAUACCCAGUUGAACCCAAUUUGUUGAUAUAACUUUUCCCUGGAAAAAGCGCACAAUGGAAAUUAUGCGAGCCGAGUGGUAAUGCAAUACUUUCUAUUUCAAUGCUAUGGUUACAUCAACCGGCCGUCCUAGGCCCAAUUGCGAAUCUUUCACUUUUGGGCCAGCUAUAAAAACCAGCGGACAGAUUGCAGCCACUCGCAUUGCUGCACAGAGAUCCGGCCAGAAAGCCACACGGACAUAGACAAGAUGUGGAGAUUCCUUCUGAUUUGCAGUAUUCAACUGAUUUGCGCCUCGGAGCACAGUGGCGAAGGAUAUGGCGAUGGUUACGGAUACGGCGGAGGAGGCGGCGGUGGCGGCAUCGGCGGAUCAGGAGGCAGCGGCGGAGGAGGCGAUGGCCACUUCCACCACCACACACCCACCACGUACUCGGAGAUCUCGAAGCACGUGCCGGUGCACGUGAUCGAAAAGGUGCCACUGCCCAUUCCCCAUCCGGUGGCCGUUCAGGUGCCCAAUGUCAUUCGGCUGCAGAUACCGGAACCCUACGCCGUCCACGUGCCCGUCCAGCAGGAGAUCCACGUGCCGGUGUACAAAAUAGUGCCCGAAAUAACCGAAAAGAAGAUACCCUACACCGUGGAGAAGCCAUACCCCGUCGAGGUGGAGAAACCCUAUCCCGUCGAGGUGAUCAAGCAGAUCAAGAUUCCGGUGCCUAAACCGUAUCCUGUUCCUUUUACCAUCUACAAGCACGUCCUGCAAAAGGAGCACGGAUGGUGAUGUAGAUAGUCGUCGGUGGUUAGGUGUGUAAGUUUUGGAAUGCCAGCUCUGACUCAAAGAGUAUUAUUUUACAAAGCUAAUGAGUAAAUAUAGUGUUUAAGACAAAGUACUGCGUUUGCAGAAUAAUUAAAUAAUAAAUAAAUUGUUUGAGUUGGUCUAUAAACAAAUGAUAAAAUAUAAUUUUGUUCCACACAUUUUCGGCACAUGCUUUUAUCCGUAGGCUUUAUUCCUAAAAUUGUGUUCCAUAAAUUGUUGGCAUAUGCUUUUAUCCAUAGGUUUCAUUCUUAGCUGAGUACUUUCCGAAGCUUAAAAAGUUCUGCAUAACAAAGUGAAAGUAGGGAAAUGUCACUUUACAUGUAGACAAUUUCGAAAAUUGGUAGGGAAAAUGAAAAAGCUUUUCCAAUCAAGGCUACAAAUCUCAGAACCCUUGCGAGCGAAGCUUUUUUUGAGCAGUCCUCUUUUUUGAUGGCGGCAAAGUGCGUAUACACACGCUGACAACUGACACAUAUACCUCGCAGGUUCGUUAAACUUUUCCGAAUUGAUUGACGCUGUGUGGGAAAGUGUGGGUCAGGUUUUCCUCAAACCGAUGACGUGCGCACGCCCCAC